UUGUAAUCUCGUGGCCUUUUAUUAAAGCUGUGCUCUCUCGUCUUUGAACUUUUUUUCAAUUCUCACAAUUGCAUUUUUUCUUAAAAUAUUUUACAAUUGCUUUUUUUGCGACUCUCUCGUUUUAAGAUCAGUUGCUGCAUGCCGUCGUAGCGUAAGGUGCUGCAGGAUUUAAAAUGCAUAUCUUGCUGCCGUGCUAUCAGAAUACGCUCUCGUUAAUAUAAAUUAAAGUAUUUUAGAUGUAUUAAGACAUUUCAGUGUUGUCUAGUAUAUUUGUAAAGUGUUUUUAGGUAAGUUUUCCACCAAAAAUGGAAGAUAACGAAAUUGUUGAAUUAUUUACUGGAAAAAAGACGAAAAUUCCCGAAAAAGACAGAUACGGUGAAUGCCGGGAUGUUACAACGUUCGAAAAACUAAAUAGGAUCGGGGAGGGAACAUAUGGUAUCGUGUACCGGGCCCGGGAUAAAGUAUCUAAAGAAAUUGUGGCUUUGAAAAAAGUACGAACCGAAAACGAAAAAGAGGGAAUUUCGAUCAGCAGCAUACGUGAGAUAACUUUGCUUUUGAACCUUAAGCAUAAAAAUAUUGUCGAACUUAAAGAAGUGGUCGUCGGGCAAAGGCUGGACAGCAUAUUUCUUGUCAUGGAAUAUUGCGAACAGGACCUUGCAAAUUUAUUGGAUAAUAUGACAACGCCGUUUUCCGAGGCGCAAGUUAAAUGCAUUACGUUACAACUAUUGCGUGGGCUUGCGUUUCUGCACGAAAGUUUCAUUAUACAUAGAGAUCUUAAAGUGUCAAAUCUUUUAAUGACAGAUGGGGGUGUUUUAAAAAUCGCUGAUUUUGGUUUAGCAAGGUUAUAUUCAAUUCCACAGACAAGUAUGACACCCAGAGUUGUGACUUUAUGGUACAGAGCGCCUGAGCUAUUAUUUGGUGCGACAAAAUAUACAAAAUCUAUCGACACCUGGGCUGCAGGAUGUAUAUUAGCAGAACUGUUGGCGCACAAACCAAUAUUUCCUGGGAAAUCUGAAAUCGAAAUGAUUGAGCUCUUGAUACAGAUGCUUGGUUCACCGAGUGAAGAAAUAUGGCCAGGAUUUUCAGAGCUACCUGCCAUUAAGACAAUUUACUUGAAAAAACAGCCGUAUAAUAACUUGAAACAUCGUUUUCCAUGGGUUUCUGAGGCUGGGCUGCGACUUUUGAACCUCAUGUUGUUGUAUAAUCCUUCCAAGCGUAUUUCGGCGCAAGAUUGCAUAGAAAUGUCAUAUUUUAAGGAGAACCCCCACCCCUGUGGCCCGGAUAUGAUGCCCACGUUUCCGCACCACAGAAAUAAAAGGAAAUCGAACACGGAACAUAAAACUGUUCCUUCAAAAAGGAGGGAGUCUUUAGGAGGAUGCAGUAAACAUGCUUGAUUCAUUCGUUUCAAGCAUUUAAAAACCUUGUUAAAAUUUUCUAUUGGCAAUAUUCUCAGUAGCAAGAGUCAAUUAAGUUAAAGACUUCUGUUUCUCAACCUUUCAUGGUUUAAGGCGACUUUCAGAGACACUCAACACCCAUGGUCCCCUACUACAUCAAUAAAAUAACCUAAAUUUAUUUUAACAUGAUUUAUGUUUGUUAUUUCAUUCCACACUUUGCAGCAAUCGGCCUCUAAAACAAACAAGGCCAUGGGUAGACCACAAGGCCAUUGUAGCGCAGAGAAUUUGGUUAGUAAAUUUUGUCAGUUGCUUAAUUCUUAUCAUGCUUUCGAUUUUUUUUUAUUUUUUAGAAA